AUGCCAGGCACAAAACGGUUUCAACAUGGUAUUGAGACCCCGGAGCCUGGCAAGUGGGAGGGGAGACCCCUUCUUCAUUUGUCUGGGUACGAGGCAGCUUUGCCAGUCACAGAGAAGUCAAACCCACUGACCCAGGACCUAGACAAAGCAGAUGCUGAGGAAAUUGUUCGACUGCUGGGACAAUGUGAUGCUGAGAUCUUCCAGGAGGAGGGGCAAGCCCUGCCCACAUACCAGAGACUCUACAGUGAAUCCAUUCUGACCACCAUGGUACAGGUGGCUGGGAAAGUUCAGGAAGUGCUGAAGGAGCCGGAUAGGGGGCUGAUGGUGCUGAGUGGAGGGGGUACCUCUGGCCGGAUGGCAUUCCUCAUGUCGGUGUCCUUUAAUCAGCUGAUGAGAGGUCUGGAACAGAAAUCUCUUUACACCUACCUCAUUGCAGGGGGUGACAGGUCUGUGGUGGCCUCUAGGGAGGGGACAGAAGAUAGUGCCUUACACGGGAUUGAGGAACUGAAGAAGGUGGCUGCUGGGAAGAAGAGGGUGAUUGUUAUUGGCAUUUCUGUGGGACUCUCUGUGAGUAGAAAGAUGGAUUGA